GCGGCCGCGGUACCGAUAUUGCGGGCGGCGCUGCCACACCGCGCACCCGCCGCUCUCGCAGCCAUGUGGAGAGCGCUGGCUGCCGCCGCCGCCCCGGCGCGGGCCCUGCUGCGCACCUCGCCGGCCCGGCGGGCCGCCAGCCUGGCCGUGUCCCCCACCGCCGGCCUGGCGGACGAGCGGGUAGAGACGCGGGUGGCGGGGCUCAGCCCAGGGCAGCCGGUGACCCUGCGGGCGGUGGCGGCCGAUGACCGCGGCUGCCUCUUCCAGUCGUGCGCGCACUACCGGGCGAACAGCCGCGGGGAGCUGCACCUGGGCACAGACGCCUCCCACGGCGGGGACUACACCGGCGUGGAGCCCAUGGGGCUCUUUUGGAGCCUCGCCCCCGCCGCCAUGGAGAGGCCGUACCAGCGGCUCGUCCCCCUCAACAUCGACGCCCCGAUGAAGGUGGAGGUGUUGGUCCACCAGGGCCACAGCCCGCCCGGCGCCAUGCCCGGGCCCGUGGUGGCCAAGGCCGAGGUGCAGAGGUGGUUCAUGGCCCCCGGCGUGCGGAGGAUCCGGCUGAAGGAAGGAGUCGUAAGGGGCUCCCUUUUCCUGCCGCCGGGGGAUGGUCCCUUUCCAGGAGUGAUUGACAUGUAUGGUGAUGAAGGAGGCUUGAUCGAAUUCAGAUCCAGUCUCCUGGCUACCCAUGGUUUUGCUGCUCUUUCUCUGCCAUAUUUUGACUUUGAAGAUCUUCCUAGGUUCAUGAAAGAAUUAAAACUUGAGUACUUUGAGGAGGCAGCAAGAUUCCUACGGCGUCACCCAAAGGUGAAAGGACCAGGAGUUGGAGUGAUUGGGACUGGGAAGGGGGCAGAAUUAGCACUCUCCAUGAUCACCUUCCUGCCAGAAGUAGUGGCUGCUGUCUCCGUCUCUGGCUGUAGUUCAAACACGGUUGCAGACCUCCAUUAUGGUGAGAUGACUCUGCCCGGGCUGCGUUUUGAUAUGAAGAAAGUCAAUGUCUCUCAGUCUGGUAUAUUUGACAUUUUUGAAGCUCUGGAUGACCCAACAAAUCCUGCUACUUCUUCUAGUGUGAUCCCCAUUGAAAAAGCAGAAGGUCACUUUCUCUUAGUGGUAGGGGAAGGUGAUCGGAUCUGGAAGAGCUCCUUAUAUGCUGAGUUGGCAAUCAGGCGUCUACGCCAGCAUGGGAAAGAGAACUUUAAACUCCUGAGUUAUCCAGGAGCAGGUCACAGAAUUGAUCCUUCUUUUACUCCGUUUUGUCGGGUAGCUAUGGAUCGUGUUUUGGGGGUGCCUGUUCUGGGGGGUGGAGAGAGCAAAGCACAUGCCCAUGCACAGGAACACUCCUGGGGAAAGAUUCAGGAAUUUCUGCACUUGCAUUUGGGAUGAACACUUAAGCACAUAGAAGCUGUUGCAGAUUUGCAAGGACUGAACUUGAGCCACCAAAAUGACCGGUGAUGACUGGUGAAUUGAAGGGAUUGACUGAGACAAGCCUUGAAAUAUGAAAAUAACCAAAUGACUACUUAGUUAUAAGUAUAAAUGUAAAAAUAAAGGUAUUUAUUUGGAGCAGCCUAAGUUAAUUUAGCUAGGUAAAUAGAGGAGAUGUGAAACAACAAGCAGGCUGCAGUAUGGUACAAAUUUGACAGCUCAAAGUGGUCAUGAUAUGAAGAAGCAAGUACCUGGAGAGAGUAGUAGUUACUUCCUUGCUUGCAGUAUUUAUACCUCAGAGAAUGUUAACAGGUAGCCUGCACCCUCAGCAGUGACAGACAGGAUCACACCUUGGCAAUGACGGAUGAUAAAUGUAGAUAGUCAAAUCAUGAAUGACUCUGGCUCAGAGAAUGACUCUGGUAGUCCUAAGCUACCUUACCCCAGAAUUCUCAUAUUUACAGCUGUUAUACACUUUGGAAAUGUUUUCCAUUUACACAAAGCUGGAGAUACCUACUUGAAAUGAGGUUCAUAUAGUUACCAUUGUGGUCUUCUGGUGACACAGUCUGUUUCUUUCCAAAAAGAACUAUGUGCUGAAUGGGAAAAUGAUGAGUACUCUUCCUUGUCAUCCAAAGAGAAUGGCAGUACUAGCACUGUCUUGGGGAUGUACCUGUCCCUGUAAUGUCUUGGAUUGGUGUUUGACACUCAGGGUAUUAAGAUUCUGUUGGAUAGGUUAGAGCAUGUCUAAAUACAGCCAUUAAGUUAGGUAUUAAUUACUUGUGGAACUCUUUAGUAAUGAUGUCAACAGAUGCUGACAGCUGUUCUUAGGGAGGAAGCAGAGUUGGGAGACAGAAAACCUAGCCCGUAGAUUUAAACUGACUGUAAAAAGCUGUCACCUUAUGGUGGUGAUUAACUCAGAAUGAUACCAAACUAACAAUGCCCUCCAAAAGAAAGCACCCAAAGCCAAGUCUAGGAUAGCUUUUCCAUGACUGCCUGAGAUUUUUAUUUUUUUUUUCAUCCAAGUUCAUUUUUGGCUAGUGCCUUUUUUCCCCUCACCAUUCAGAUAGAAAGAAACAACUUCUUCUUAAAUUAGUUGAUCUCUCAAGAGGAUCUAGCUGAAAUGGUGCCAGUGCUGAAGGCCUGUUUAAGGAGGGCCUCUAUCAACAAAAUUUCUCCUUCCAAAGUCAUUUUGUCAGACCGGUUUGAGAACUGCCCAGGAAGAUGGAAAACUCAUUAGUGGUACUCAGUUUUGCUUUGCUCUCAGGGAUCUCUCUCCAGUUAACUGUCAUGCUGCUGCUCAGUCUCAAUAGCUUUCUGCAACUCUUAUUAUUCUUUAUAAUUUGAUUAAUCACAUGUUCUUCACACACAAUCAAUGUCAACUGAACAAUUUAUCCAUCCAUUCUUUACAAGAGAAGCUCCAUCCUGCUAACUCCACACAAGAUUUCUUCAUGCCUGGUCUCUAAACUCCCUCGCCUGCUGAAUAGGCUUUUUCCAAGCAUAUCUGCUGCCUGCACCCUCUGCUAACACGAGCAGCCUGAGAAGUCCAGGACCAGAGCCUGCUGUGAUGUGCUCCUUGGUGCCACCCAUACCUGUCACCCUGCCUUUUUUGCCAAACUCAUUUCAAGUGGCAGCUGUAGGAGAAAGGGUUGUCUGUUGUGUGAAGGUUCCUGCCUCAUCCUGUGUCUCUUCAGUAGUUGGAGCUGUUAUUAAUUGUGCAAGAGUAGCACCUUUGCUAUCCCUGUUCUGUCACUCUUCCAGUGCCAAUACCUGUCUCCACACUGCAGUCCUACCUCAGCACAUGCAUUGCUAUGCAAGAUUGCAGUCUGGAGGUUCAGGAAGUAAAUGUUAAGUUGUAAAUAAAAAAAAAAAAACAACACACACGGCUAAAUUAAGAGUUCUCAGACUUUAUUUCUAAAGCACAAGCUUUUAAAAUAAUUCAGUGUUAGACUUUGUGAUAUAUGCAAUUUGAAAGAUAAGUAAAACACAUCCUUUAUUAAAAACCAACCAUGUGUAAGAAUUUGAUGUUACGUAUUUGUUUGGAAAAGUGAAUGAUACUUUGUUUUAAAAGGAGGAAAAAUAAAACCAGUGUAAUUUUACUGUGAA